CAGCUUUCUUUUGGAACUGGUGAGUACACGAAGCACUCUCGACAAUAUCAUACAACAUUUCAUAUACUAACAAUCGCAAUUAGCUACGCACAUCUCCAAAGCGGAGUCUGAACACGUCCUGUCAGGGCUUGCCACUCGUUCCCCAGACUUCAUAUACAUACAGUCUCGUUCAUCACCACAAGGGAAAAAAAGACACCAAAAUGUUCUUCCGUACUGCUUCUAUCGCUGCUCUGGCCAUUGCGGCCGUUCCAGCCCGAGCUGACUCCGUCGCGCCCAUUGGACCUAUUGUGACACCUUCUACUACCGCCGCUGUUACGUCUGCUGCUGCAACCACGGACGCGCCUGCUGCCGGUUCAACUGGAACUAUAACGGAUACUGUGAUUGUCACCGACACUCACUGCCCUCGCUGCUCUCACACCACGAGCUACUCCAACGUGACCUUCUCUAGUAUCCUCACUGGCUCUGGCCACAAGCCUUCUGCCACUGUUCCUUAUGUCCUCGCAACCGGCUAUGUUCGUCCCAACAACGCAACUAGACCUGGUACCGGUGGUAUCAGUUCUGGAUCCAAAAAUGGAACUACCACCGGUGGCAUCGGUGGUGGUUCUGGCUCCAAGAAUGGAACUACCACUGGUGGUGGUGCUGGUGGCAUCGGCGGUGGCUCUGGUUCUGGCUCUGGCAGUGGACCCAGCACCGGCUCAGGAAGCACUUCCUCUGGAUCUUCCAGCUCUGGUUCUACCAGCUCUGGUGCUGGUGGUAUCGGUGGCUCUGGCUCUCUCUCUGGAAGCUCUAGUUCUGGCUCCAGCUCCGGAGUCUCUCCCACUUCCAGCGCUGCCCUAUCCAGUCCUGCCAACAAGCUGCUCUCUCCUGAGUUCGGUUACAUGUCUGCCAUCGCCCUAUCUGCUGUCUGGGGCGCCUUCAUGGUUCUGGCAUAAAUGCCAUUUCUCUCAUUUUCAUAUGACAUUCUCGUUCUAA